AUAUCGAGAUGAAGCUGAUCGUGACGAUGAUGUUCCUGGUGGGGGCGGCGUUCGCCAUGCCCGUGGCGGAGAACCAGGAAUCACUUCAGGUGGUGCCUUUGGAGAAGUCGACGAGCUCUGUGAAGCUCACGGUGCCCGAGUUGGCGGCUGUUCCCGCGGCAAGCCAAGAACCAGCAGAACCGGCGCCAGCGGAGAUCGCGAAGCCGGCCGAGCUAGCUGAGAAGCCAAGCGUGAGGAGCAGCUCUAUUCCGGAAAACGCUCCACAGCCCGAAAUGGCAGAGGAGAAGAAGGAGGAACUCCCACAGGCGAAGGCCGAGGAAAAGAAGGAGGAAAUCCCCGAAAAGAAGCAGGCCGAGCAACAACCUCAGCCACAAGAGUCCCAGCCGCAGCCUGCUCAGGAACAGAAAGCUGAAGAACCUCAGGAGCCCAAGAAGGAAGAGGAGAGCCUGAAACCAGCAGCUUCCGAAUCCCACGAAACCGUUCAACCCGCGCCUCAGGAGCCCAACAAGCAGGAACCUGCUGCUCCCUUGGCUGAACAGCCUAAACCCGUGAACAUCGAAGGCAAGAGCUCCGAGCAGGUGGACUCCGACGAGAAGAGCGAGGUUGCGGCCAAGGAGGAGCCAAAAGAAGAGAAGAAGGUCGAGGAAGCCAAGCCUAGCGUGAGGAAGGAGGACGAACCCGCCCCCGCCGUAUCAGCCGAAUCCUCCGAGGAGAAGGCUCAGCCAGCCGCCGAGGAGAAGAAGGCUGACAAGCCCCAGGAAGAAGAGAAGAAAAUCGAAGAGAAGCCAGACCGCGUGACCCGCGAUGCCGAAGAAGCAGUCCCUAACGCGGUAAAGAAAGCGCCUGAACAACCAGCCGAGCAAGCCGCCGUCGCUUCGAUCGCCGCGGAGGCCGAGAAGAGCCAACCAGAUCAAGCCAAGCUCGCGGAAGAGGCGAAACCAGCCCUGAAGAGCGAGAACAUCGAGCCUGCCGUUGAGCAACCCGCCGCCAGCUCCGAGGAGUCCUCCAAGAGCGAAGAGAAGGCCGACUCCGCGGCUCAGCCAGCCAAGGAAGCCAAGAGCGCCGAGAUGGCGGCUGAGGAGUCAUCGCAACAGGCGAAACCCGCAGAGUCCAGCCAGGCCAAGCCCGAAAACGCCGAAGCCCAGCCCCAGGCGAAGAACGAGAAAGUCGAGGAGAAGAAGGAGGAACCCAUGAAGCCGGAAGCAGCGAAGGAAGUGAAGGAACGUUCGGAGGAGUCCUCGGAGGACAAAUCGGCCGAGGUAAAGGAAAGCAACAGCAGCGAAGAGGCAAAGAGCAACGAGGACAAGUCCUCCGAGGAGAAGGAGGCCAAGCCAACCGAGGCCAAGCCGGAGCUGCUCCCCAAGCCCCAGGAACUGACGUAUCUAAGAAGUCAGGUUUAGAUAACGAGCAACGACAAUCGCGCGCGAGACGAAGCGGGAAGACGAGCAACGGUGUAGCCCCCAGCAGCAAAAAAUAUCACCCAGAAGACCAGAAGGGCUCCUGACGUCGAGACACAUCAGAGCGACACGGGGAUGGGCGCGAGUUCUUCCCACGGAUAGAGGCGCGAUUCAGAGUGAGAGAGAGAGCGAGAGAGAGAGAGUGGAGACGGGGUGCUCGUGCACGUCAGGAAGUGUCAACAGCAGAGCGGGCGAAAAAGAGGAAAACGGAGUGAAAGCGAUAUCGGUGUGAAUGGGAGAGAGAGAUUGUUUCUCGAUCGGUCGUUGGCAGGGUCCAAAUACUUCCCCGACGCGCCACGGGUUUGAGAAAAAAACAAAAAAUUGUUCAUCGAUCACGGGACAGGAUGACCACGUGACGCCUGGCCACGGAAGAGGAAACCUAACGGCUUGGACAACCACGCGAAGAUCAUGAAAACACCUACGACGACGACGUGGAUGCUCGACGUUCGCCUACGUUUCGUGCGACGAAGAUGUGUCUGCGCGUAGCCCGUCAGGAACACGUGGACCCCACCCGUCGAGGAUUUCAGCUUUGGCUACUCGUCGCCACGGGGUCAUCCUCGCCUUCGUCCCAGCGGACACUAAGAUUUGUCCACGGGGACGAACCAUGCCCCUGAUCAGAGUUAUCCUCAUUCGAACAAGAUCCCCUCCCACCAAGUUUCUUUCCUUCUCUAUGUAUUUUUUUUUUUGUCAAAAAUCACACACGACCACAACCACAACCUCAUCCCAAUAAAACUAGUGUGUAGCUUCGACUCUGUCUUUUUUUUUUAGAGAUACGUGUCAUUAUUAUUAUUAAUAUUAUUAUUAUUAUUACGAUUUAGUACCAGUACCGCUAUUAUUAUUAAUAUUAUUAUUUGUAUUAUUGCUAUCAUCGUUAUAAUAAUAAUUAUUAUUAUUACUGUCAAAAGCCA